AUGCACCAUGACGGUGAGGAGGAAGUCAUCGAAACCCCCGCCUCAAAAGAAGCCAACAUCGCGCGUUCUGGAACAAGUCAACGCAGGCGCUCGCACGAUAGCCGAAGUCUGAAAAUAACAAGGUCACACCAAUCCCGAGGCGGAGGAGACGGCUAUACGUGUUUCGACACGGAUCCAGAAAGCCCUCGACCGACCAAACCCGGUGGCCAGCAGCCAUACACCGUGACCUGGGAUGGCGACGCGGACCCGGAAAACCCGCGCUCAAUGACUUGUACGAGUUCGUUGUACACUUCGACCUACUCCCAGCUCGAACCUGAGUUCGGCUCUUCCCGCCUUGUAUGUACGCUGGGCUUGUCGCUUUUCGUGGCCGGCCUGGGUACUGGGCCCAUGGUGUUGAGUCCGUUGUCCGAGUUCUAUGGGCGGAGACCCAUCUACCUAUGCUCAUUCGCUUUCUUCUUGAUCUGGAUGUUUCCGUGCGCGUUCGCGAAUAACAUCCAAACUAUGCUGAUUGCCAGGUUCUUGGACGGUCUCGCGGGAUCAGCGUUCCUCAGUGUUGCUGGAGGCACUGUCGGUGACAUGUUUGCGAAGCAUGAACUUUCUGCACCUAUGAUGGUUUACACUGCAUCACCAUUUGUGGGCCCUGAAGUCGGACCGCUCAUUGGCGGCUAUAUCGUUGAGAAUACCACAUGGAGAUGGUGCUUUUACCUGCUCCUUCUUCGCAGGAAAGCAAUUCGAUUGCGAAAAGAAACCGGAAACACAGAGUGGAUAGCGCCUAUUGAGAAGAUGGACCGAUCAAUUGCCCGAACGGUACUUUGGUCAUGCAUACGACCUUUUGAGCUUUUGUUCUUCGAGCCAAUGACUGGGCUUGCCUUCCUAGGGCUUCUCGUAGGUAGCGAUCCAAUCUGGAGAAGAGUCUAUGGAAGGCUUGUGCGGCGGCGCGAGGAGCAAGGAGGAGAAUUUGGCGCUUCUGAGCCAGAGGAUCGCCUGCCGUCAACAAUUCUCGGCGCUUGGGUUAUUCCCAUCGCUCUUUUCGGCUUUGGGUGGACCACGUACUCGAGCGUCCACUGGAUAGGUACACAGCAGCGUGUCUUUGAGCCGAAAUCAUGGCUGAUCAUUGCACGACAGUUCCAAUAA